AUGCCCCCUUCCGUCCUCGUCAUCUGUCUGGGAAACAUCUGCCGCUCGCCCAUGGGCGAAGCCGUUCUCAAGCACGUCGCCAAGGAGCGUGGCCUCGACCUCACCGUCGACUCCGCAGGAACGUCGCGCUACCACAUUGGCGAGGAUCCGGACGAUCGGACGAUCGCAGCCUGUCGCAAGCACCAAGUCCCAAUCAAGCACUCUGCACGACAAGUUACGGAGGGAGAUUAUAAGCACUUCACACACAUUCUCGCUGCGGACGAGGCCAAUCUCCGCUCCCUUGAACAGAAGAAGCCCCGCGGUGCUACCGCCGAGAUUCGACUCUGGGGCUCAUAUCUGGACAACAAGCCCAUCCAGGACCCGUAUUACGGCGGAACCAGGGACUUCGAGGAAUGCUACCAGCAAUGCGUUCAGCUAUCCAACGCGUUCCUUGAUGAAGUGGUCGGUAAAUAG